CUCCGAAGCGCUGCUCACCCAGGCGGCUCGGGUUGGCAAAUUCGUACUCGGCGGUGGCCGGAUGGGCAUGUGGCACUGAGCGGCCCGACAUGGCUGCAGAUGCAGCAGAAGCCCUGGUCCGAGGUGCAGCCCCAACAGGCGCAGCGCGACCCCUCCAGCUGCCCGGAGAGCCAGGGCUCGAUAGGAGCUCAGUGAGUACUGGGUAUGUGUCACAUUGCCAAAUCCCGGAUCACAAGUCUCCAUGAACCGGCGGUGAGCUAGGAUAAUAAAACCCCUGACAUCACCAUUCCAGAAGCUUCACAAGACUGCAUAUAUAAGGGGCUGGCUGUAGCUGCAGCUGAAGGAGCUGACCAGCCAGCUGACCCCUCAUACUCACCUAGCCACCAUGGACAUCGCCAUCCACCACCCCUGGAUCCGCCGCCCCUUCUUUCCUUUCCACUCUCCCAGCCGCCUCUUUGACCAGUUCUUCGGAGAGCACCUGUUGGAGUCUGAUCUUUUCCCAACGUCUACAUCCCUGAGUCCCUUCUACCUUCGGCCACCCUCCUUCCUGCGGGCACCCAGCUGGUUUGACACUGGACUCUCAGAGAUGCGCCUGGAGAAGGACAGGUUCUCUGUCAACCUGGAUGUGAAGCACUUCUCCCCAGAGGAACUCAAAGUUAAGGUGUUGGGAGAUGUGAUUGAGGUGCAUGGAAAACAUGAAGAGCGCCAGGAUGAACAUGGUUUCAUCUCCAGGGAGUUCCACAGGAAAUACCGGAUCCCAGCUGAUGUGGACCCUCUCACCAUUACUUCAUCCCUGUCAUCUGAUGGGGUCCUCACUGUGAAUGGACCAAGGAAACAGGUCUCUGGCCCUGAGCGCACCAUUCCCAUCACCCGUGAAGAGAAGCCUGCUGUCACCGCAGCCCCCAAGAAAUAGAUGCCCUUUCUUGAAUUGCAUUUUUUAAAAUAAGAAAGUUUCCCCACCAGUGAAUGAAAGUCUUGUGACUAGUGCUGAAGCUUAUUAAUGCUAAGGGCAGGCCCAAAUUAUCAAGCUAAUAAAAUAUCAUUCAGCAACAGAUAA